GGCUAAAUAAGUAAGAUGUAUUAAAAAUAUAUACUGUUAUGAAUUGGUAAUGAUAAUAAUAAUAAAUUUAUUUAUGCAUAUAAUACAUGAAUAGUACAAAACUUAUUCGUUAUCAUCACAAUUUAAAGUUUAUUGAAUGAAUGUGAAUAUGGGUAUUCCAAUUGAUCGAUUUGUAAAUCCAGUUGAUGAAAAUCUAAUCUGUGGUAUUUGUCAUGGUGUAUUUAUUAUACCUGUAGUAACAGAAUGUGGUCAUACAUUUUGUGCUAAUUGUUUAAAAAUAUGGUUAAAUUCAAAAUUGGAACAUUUAAAUCAUUUAACAAUAAGUGAUAAUGAACGAACACGUUUUCAAUUUACAUGUCCAACUUGUCGAACAAAAUUAAAUGUUAAUAAUUCACAACAAAAUAAUUCUAUAAAUUCAGUCGUAAAUACAACAAACAAUAUAAAUAAUCAUAUUAAUAAUUAUUGUUUUCAUGAUAAACCAAAUAUUAAUUUAUUAUCAAUAGCUAGACCAGUACUUGCAUUAAAGAAUUUUUUAAAUUCUUUACAAAUCUAUUGUGAAUAUGCUAAACGUGGAUGUACUACUAUUGGCAGUGUAGAAUUAAUACAUUUUGGUAAUCAUCGACAUGUAUGCGCUUAUGUACCAGUUGAUUGUGCUGGUUGUGGUAGAACAUUAAAUAGAAUUGAAUUAGCUGCUCAUCAAUUAGGCUGUUUUGGUAUACAGGCUGAACUAGGUGAAAUACACCGGGAAAAUAUUAAACCAUUUCAAGAAGUACAAUCAACAGUUGAUGUUGGUAUUCAAACUUUAACAUGUUCCUUAGAAGAAGAAGAAGAAGAAUUGAUUCAUCAAAGAAAUUGUACACAUUUAACACAAUCCAAAGAGAUAACAACAAAUUUAUGCAGUUCUAGUGUUCAAACAUAUGAUGAAAAUUUAAAAAGUACAUGUGAUUUUCAAGUACAAACAGACUUCAAUCAUAAUUUAUCUUCGAUAAGAAUUGAUCAACAUUACAAUAACAGAAGUUUACAACUUUUAAAUGUUAGUUUAAUUAAACUUGUUCAUGCAUUACGUGUGGAAUUAGAUUCAGCUCAAAAUGAAUUAUACAUGAGAAAUGGAAAAUAAGUUUAUUAUUCCUAAAUAAUGAAGAUUAUCAACUAUUUAUUGACUUAUUUAAUUAAAUAAAUGAAUUUAUGAACUAUGUAAAACAUGUUUUUAUACUAUUACCAGAAUAAUAAAUCAUAAGCCUAUAAAAAGAAGGUAAAAUAUAUUACACGUAAUGUCAUAAACUACUUUUAAACAUAUAAGUAAACUGGAGUAUGAAUAUAAAAAUAGAUUUU